AUGACAACCAACAAAAUUAAGCGGUGGCCAUCACCCUCAGGAAAGGUACAGGCAAUUGCUUGAUGGAGUGGAAACCUGUCAACAGCAGACUUAUGAAAGAUCAGGGUGAGAUGGAAGCAGAUCAAUAUGACGAUCAAACAGUGUUAUGCUCAUACGAAUAACAAUGAUGAAGAAGUGAAAACACAUUAAUAUUUUUAUGAUCUGUUGCAAGCCGAGUUAGAAGAAAUACCAAGGCAUGACAUGAACAUUGUGAUGGGGGACAUGAAUGCAAAGGUUGGAAGAGAUAACACCAACUACGAGAGAGCCGUAGGAAGAGAGGGCUGUGGUACCAUUAAUGAGAAUGGAGAGUGGCUGGUGGAACUCUGCACAAUUUACGACCUCUUCAUCGGAGGAACACUCUUUCCACACAAAGAUAUCCACAAGCUGACAUGGUAAUCUCCCAACAAAAGGGAUAAAAAACAGAUAGACCACUUCAUGAUCAACGGUACCUGGCAGCGGUCAGUUAUGUAGGUCAGAGAGAAGAGGGGAGCUGACAUUGGCAGUGAUCACGAUAUGGUUGUGGCAGAAUUGAGAGUGAAGCUGAGGAAAACAUGGGAUAAAAGACCCUGAAAGCAGCGGUUUGACGUGGAGAAAAUACAAAACCCUAAAGUUAGAAGUACCUUUGUUCUGCAUCUGAAGAAAAAGUUUCAAGCCCUGGCAGAUUUGGAGGACUACACGCAUUCUGAUCAGGAAGAAGUGACCAUCAAGAAGGAGGAAGUCAAAACAGCACUCCUCCAGACUAGUAAAGCUGGCUUGGGUACAAGAGAAAGGAAGAAGGAAUGAAUCCCAGCAGAAACUUGGUGACACUUGAAGAAACAGUUCAUUGAGGCCAAUUCCGAGAAGCUUAAAGAAAGGCACAAGCAACAGUGCCAAGAGGCAGACAGAAAAGUGAAGAAAUUGGCAACAGCAGACAAACGAGCGUUCAUAGAUGACCUUGGAAGGCAGGCAGAAGACGCAUCCAGCAAAGGAGAGCAAGGGAAGAUGUAUAAGAUCACAAAGGUAGGCUGCGGCAAGUAUCAUGGACCUACCAAUACACCAGUUAGAGACAAUCCGGGAUGAUUGCUAACAUCAGAAGCAGAGAUAGACACUGGCUGGGCAGAACACAUCAGUGAAGUCCCGAACAGGCUACCACAAACAGCAGAAGCUGAUGUCAUCAUCAUCAUCGAGCAGUGCACGGAACGGCAGAGACAGUUCUACAUCAACUUUUAACAGCAUACACAGGGACAGCCUUUGUCGCAUACUCCAAGUUGUCCAAGUUGUCCUUCUCAUCAAGAGCUUUCACAACAAUUUCACUUGCACAGAAGGAAACAACGACCACAGUUUCCAAAUGCAGACUGGAGAGAGGAAAGGCUGUGUGAUGUCAACUGUCCUGUUCAACAUCACCAUUAGGGACCUUAUGAUCCGACAACAGGGACGUCCAUGAAAACUUCGCUGAAAAAUAGACAUCCUUUCAAACCACUUUGCGAUUAUCCCAAGUCGCCCAGCUACUUAAAAGAAGGGAAUUUGUGCUGGAGCUGAAGAGAGGGGUCCGCACCCGAGUUCAGACACAGAUGGUAGAAUUUAUCAGUUGCUGUUCCCGUCCUCAAAAAAACUUAAAAUUUGGUCAUCUCAUGCGGUAGUAGCGCAAGGACAGCAAAGAAAUGUACAAAAAAGCGUGAUGCACGUGCAGAGUUGUUGUUUUGCUAACUAAACCUAUUGCUUUUUGACGUUGCCAUUGCCGUCGCCGUCGUAGUUUCGUAAGUUCCCUAUUGACUGGGUGAUGCGACGAACAACAGAAGAUCGGACAAGAGGCAUAGGAUGGACCCUCUUAAGAGCUCUUGAAGACCUGGACUUGGCUGAUAACCUGGCUCUGGUCUCCCACACCCACCAACACAUCCAGGAGGAGACAUCUCGCCUUAACACAUACGCUCAGCAGAUAGGCCUGAAUAUCAGCCAGAAGAAGACAGGUGAUGACAUUGAACAUCCCAAACUCCCACCGGUGCAGGUGAAUGGAGAAGAUCUACCAAGGACUGAGCAGUUUACCUACUCAGGCCAGAACUGUUAG